AUGACGAAUAAACAACAAAUUCUGUUAAUAAAACCAGGUUUUCAUGAUUUUUCAAUUGAACAUAAUCUUCUAGCAUCAACUCCAUACGAACUCAUAGUUAUUUCUAAUGAUACUGAUCUUAUUUUGUAUAUUUCAAAUCCACUUCUAGUAGCUAUUAUUACUAUUGAUACACCUAUUACGAAAGAAAUCAUUAAACAUACCUCGUCUUCUUGUCGUGUUAUUACUCGUUUAGGAGUUGGUUUCGAUAUUAUUGAUAUUAAAGCAUGUUUUCAACAUAAUAUUACCGUUUGUUAUGUACCUGAUUAUGGUACAAAUGAAGUUGCUGAUCAUGCCGUAGCUCUUCUUUUUGCUGCACAUCGUCGUCUUUCAAUCUAUCAUCGAUCAAUUGUUGAAAAAAAUAUAUGGAAUCAUGAAAUUGCUGGUAAUGAUUUACAUAGUUUAAAUACAUUAAAUUUAGGUGUUAUUGGUAUGGGACGUAUUGGAUCAUGUUUUGCUAAUAAAAUGCGUCCAUUUGUUAAAGAAAUUUUUUCUUAUGAUCCUAUAAUACCAUCAAAUUGUACUUCGAUUGAUGAAAUAUUUGAUCAAUGUGAUAUUAUAUCACUUCAUCUUCCACUUACAACAACGAAUUAUCAUUUAAUUUCAACUGAUUCAAUUAAUCGUAUGAAACGACGACCCAUACUAAUAAAUGUUAGUCGUGGAGGACUUGUUGAUACCCAAGCAGUUAUACAAGCAUUAAAAAAUCGACAAUUGUCUUAUGCUGCACUUGAUGUACUUGAAAAUGAACCAGAAAUUGAUUCAGAAUUAAUUAAACUUGAUUGUAUUCAAUUAACACCACAUGCUGCUUGGUACACUCAAGAAUCACAAAUUGCUUUACGUACAAAAGCAAUUCAAGAUAUCUUACGUGUUAUGAAUGGAGAACAACCAAUCUAUCCUGUACCUGUUCAAAAUUAA